AUGACCACUUGUAAAGGCAAGUUUACACAGAAGGCCCUAUCACCAGCUCACAAGAUCAUGUCUAAGCCACCUAUUACGGCAGACCAAGCCUAUCACGACUACAGCGAUGACGAUCACCAGACUCCAGGCCCCAAGAUGCCCUCAAUGCUACGAAGAUGGCAUGAGACUGAAAGUCAACAACAAUAA